AUUGAAUCGAGGAUUAGUCGUUCCUCUGCUCGGUCGAUGAAUAUUUAUUAUUUGUUUUUUUCUCGGUCGUGAAUACUAAACAAGGUUCGAUGUGUGGGCAACGAUGAGAUAAUAAUUAUACAGUUACAAGUGCUUCUUUGUUAAGAAACUUUUUGUGCUUAUUUGUGUGCGAUCAAAUGGCUUCAACGCCAGUGCAAGUGAACGGUAAUGCGAAUAAAAACAGUCCCCUGGGAAAGCGGAAAAAAUCUCGAGGAAGCAAAGGUUCAUAUUUAUCUAAAUGGUUGGACAAAACUAUGUGCCAUAUACAGGAGUCUACUCCCAGUAUGGAUACUUAUGAUUCUUUUAUGACACCGAAUAUGAAUUGGGGUUCGCAGUUCGCGCCGGGUUACGACCCGUGCAGGUUUAACAUGUUCGGUUACGCGGAGCCAAUGUCGCUGCCUACGCCGCCUACCUAUUGCAGUCCUGCGAUGCCGCUGUAUCCUCCCGAGUACCGUUACGUACAGAGUGUCAACAAGAGCGUGCAGGUGCAGCGGCCGCGGCCGCGCCGUCGCAGCGAGAAGCCCGAGGACUGCAGCACGCCGAACAGCACCCCAUUAAACACUAAUUACUUCCAACCAAAGAAUUGCUCAGACAGCCAAGACUUCGCGAGCUUACCGCCUAUAGUUACAUCAGUUGGCGACACGAAUUCCAAUAGUGAUAUGAAUACCAAUGAGAAGGACGAGUGCGCGCGGAGAUACAGCGAUCCUUGCGUGCAAGGACUGCCUGAUAUAGCCCGGCCGGCUAAUGGAGAGGUUGACUCUGGGUCGGAAGACAGCUCGGGGUUGUCCGGGAGUCAGGUUGGCAGUAGACUGCUGACAUACCUCUUGGACCAGAUAACGAGUUUGAAGAUGACCAAUGAAAGACUGAAUAAAGACUUACAAGAAACUCGAGCGGAACUAAACAGCCUGCGAACACAACACAGUAUCUGGCAGAAAGGAUCGAGUUCCAGUAUUGGUGGCAAUAAUGGUUUGGUAGGCGGUCAAUACUCGCCGGGCUACGUGACCGACCUAGUCCGCGAGAUCCGAGACUCCGCGCGGAUACGGGAAGAGGCCCUGUACGCACGAGUGCGUGCCAUGCUGCUGGAGAGAGAUAACGGAUUGGCAUCACCGGAAACGAAGUUCAGUGAGAAAACUCUUGAAGAAAUCAAGAGUUCACUUCGCGCUUCGGAGGCGGACAAGAGGCGUAUGAUGGACCGUGUCGCGAAACUGGAGGACGAGCUGCGACUGCUCAGAGUCUCCACGAGUCUCGACUCGAGCGAGAACGGCAUCACGAACGGCACCGAGGACUCAGAAACGGAGCGACUCCGGCUGCGGAAGGAGCUCGCCAGCAUGAAGAAGGCCAAGCAGAACGCGGAGGAGCACGCUUUCAAACUGGAGCGGCUAGUGACCCAGCUGCGUUCCAAAUUCAACGGUCUCCAAACGUCACCGAACGGGCCCGAGUCCAUCCCGAGCGAGACCGAACAGGACCCGAGCCGCGCGCGCCGUACCAGCGUCAAUUCGAAUACUACCGUCGUGUUCGGGCCCGUGACCGACUUGUAGCGAACACUCGCUAGCGACGUCUGUGUUCUAGCCACGGACGUGCUCUGCUCUGUGUUGGAUAAAAUAUACUAAACUGUACUUCAACUAGUGAAACCAAACAGGACCCGAGCCGCGCGCGCCGGACCAACGUCAAUUCUAAUACAUACUACAGUCGUAUUUUGACCUGUGACGGAUUUGUAGCGAACACUCGCUAGCGACGUCUGUGUUCUAGCCACGGACGUGCUCUGCUCUGUGUUGGAUAAAAUAUACUAAACUGUACUUCAACUAGUGAAACCAAACAGGACCCGAGCCGCGCGCGCCGGACCAACGUCAAUUCU